AUGGCCUCUUUUUCCGGCAACGAUCGACCACCCAAAUCCGCGGACCUGCGUGUUGUAGGCAUAACCGCUGCAGGUAAGAAUCUCCGGGGAUAUAUUCCGUCGGAGCUUGGCAGCUUGAUUUAUCUCCGGCGUCUUAAUUUGCAUGAUGACGACUUUUAUGGCUCCAUUCCGAAUCAACUCUUCAAUGCUUCAUCACUACAUAGCAUCUUUCUCUAUGGUAAUAGUCUCAAUGGUUCUCUACCCCCCUCUACGUGCAACCUUCCUCUGCUCCAAAAUCUUGACCUCUUGAAAAAUUCCAUAUCCGGGCCACUCCCGAAGUUUCUGAGGAACUGUCGGCAAUUGCAGAGACUUAUUCUCGCCGGAAAUGAUUUUUCCGACGAGAUUCCGGAGGGGGAACUUGCCAAUUUGGAGCAGCUUGAUCUCUCGGCAAAUGAAUUUAAUGGUUCAAUCCCAGUAGAUAUAGGAGAAUUGAAGUCACUUUCAGAGACUUUGAAUUUGUCAUUCAAUCAUUUUACUGGGAAAAUUCCAAAAACAUUAGGUGAUUUGCCACUUACUGUGAGUUUUGAUCUUAGGAAUAAUAAUUUAACAGGUGAAAUUCCGCAAACAGGGUCGUUUGCUAAUCAGGGUCCUACGGCAUUUUUGAAUAAUUCGAUGUUGUGCGGAUUUCCAUUACAAAGGACUUGUAAAAUUAAUUCAGAAAAUACACCUCGGAUUCAGAGUGAUUCUGCUUAUAUUAAUGUGUAA